GCUCUACACGUCAGCAAGUUUCCUCCCUCCACACCCAAAAGCAAAACAUGACGAUCCAACACGAUGCCAAACCCAAACUCAUCACAGCGUCCGAAGAUCCUUUUCUUCACCCACUGCCGCUAACGCUCCCGGGAACAGAUCGGCAAACAGGACUCUGGUACCUCCUUCCGCACAUUUGGGACUCGCUGUGGUUAACUAUUCCGCCUCCUGUCCGCGCCACCAUAGCGUCCGUAUCCGUUCCAUAUCUCCUGUUUUGCGUUGGAAACUCACUUAGCGGUGGAGCGUCUGUUUCUUUUGGCACAAAACUGUGGGAUUUGAUUCGACUAGGGCAGCAGGCAGGCUUUUCUGCCAUGGGAGGCCAGGGAAGGGUGGGAGGAGAUGGCGGUAUUGGUGGGUUUGUAGGAGGCGCUGUGACGGCUGGUGCUUGCAUAUUAGGAUUCAUGUGGGUGAAAAAGUUUGUAAAUGGAGAGGUGCGGGAUGUGAAAUCAACGACGCGUGAUGGAGGCAGCAAGGACAAGUAGGCUGGGAUUUGAGAAGGGCCGAGUCCUAAUUCUUUGAAGCAGAUGUGGUGCUUAGAUAUAGUGUCGUUUUUUAGCCAUGUAUAUAUCAUCUUUGGCCUACGUUCAUGUUAGUCCAUUGCCAAACAAGCACAGCAAGCAUUGUGUGUGAUCCUUGUCGCUACCUUUGAGCUAUCCAU